ACCUCUCUUCAACGCCGUCUCCGCCGUUCCUCUAAUAUCUCCAGGAAAUGCCUCCGAAGCAGCCGAGUAGUGGCCUAAUUGUUGGGCUUAACAAAGGCCAUGUGGUGACACCGAAGGAGCUUGCUCCUAAACCUUCUGACAGAAAAGGCAAAACAAGUAAAAGGGUACAUUUCGUGAGGAACCUUAUCAGGGAGGUUGCUGGGUUUGCACCAUAUGAGAAGAGGAUUACUGAGCUUCUCAAAGUUGGCAAGGACAAGAGAGCUCUUAAGGUAGCCAAGAGAAAGUUGGGCACUCACAAGAGGGCCAAGCGAAAGAGAGAGGAGAUGUCCAGUGUUCUCCGUAAAAUGAGGGCUGGUGGAGGUGGUGAAAAGAAGAAGUGAGAUCCUUGCAUUUGAGCCAUCUUUUCAAGAAUUUGCCAGUUUUUCUCUGUUUUUACUUUUUAGAGACUGAAUGCUGUCUAGUGGAAUUUUUGUUUUGCUGUUUGAUCAACUGUUGCGGAUUUAAAGACUUCUUAUAUGUUCCUUUUUAUUGGCUUCAUAUUCUUUUACUAGUUAAACACUUGAACUAAAUUUGAGUAUUUGACAUUUAAGCUUGGGGUCAAAAUCUCAAAUUAAAGCUUACAAUUACUAGUAAACUUUUAAUUUGAUUACAUCUAGUAAACA